AUGGAGAUUGAUGUUGAGGCGGCGGCAUUGGAGCAAGUAAAAGCUCUUCUUCAGCGACCUGAUCAACUAGAAAAGUUGCCAGAAUUGAAAAAACGAGCGGAUAGAAAAAAAUUGGCGGUUGAAGCGAUGCUUCGAACUGGUGUUCAAGGACAAUUGGAAGGAAUUCGAACUGCGAUUGCACAUUUACAAACAGCAUCAGAAGAUAUAACUUCGAUUUCUCAAGGAGUUGAAGAAAUUCGAGAACGAUUGAAACCAUUUCCACAACUCAAGGAAAAAUUGAGAGAAUUACGAGAUGCAAAUGCAAGACACAGUCAAUAUGAAGCUGCGAUGGAAAAUUUGAAACAUAUUUUCAAUAUAAAUUCGACAUUACAAGAGAUUAGAGAUGCGUUAGAAGAUGAGAAAUCAGGAGGAAAUUUGUUGUUGGCACAUAAACAGUAAGCAGUUCUUUAUCGGAAUAUUUUAUGGAAAAAAUCUUGAAUUUUUCUCAAAAACUGAAUGAAAAUCUUCUAAUUGAGAUUCCCAAUUAAAAAUAUUAAAUUUCCAUUUUUGAAAUCCCUAAAAAUUGUUGCGUUUUUCAGCAUAAUGGAUUUGGAGCGAGCCCGCGAUGAAUUAUUAGCCGAAGUUCACAAAAUGGACACUGGAAAAACAGAAUACGAAAAAAAUCUUCUCAUCAAUUUUUUCAAAGGCGUCAAUAUUGUGGUCGAAGAAUUAUCCAAAAAUAUGUGGUUUAUUCUAGCACGAACUUUAGAAAUGGUAAAAGGAAAUGAGCACGGAGCUGGACCACAACAAGUUGUAACAUGUAUUCGAAUUGUUGAAAGAGAAGAGAGAAUUGAUAAAUUUUAUAUGGAUAAUAAACAGACAAAUUCGAAUGCAUUUAUGCCACCUGGAAGACCAAGAAGAUGGAAAGAAAAAGCAUUGCAAGCACUUGAAAAAACUGUAGUUUUUCGAAUUGAAGGAAAUCAAUUAGAAGAUCGAGAUUUGAAUAAAGCAUGGUUGGCAAGAUAUUUAGAAGUUUGUAGAAAUGUUAUUAUGGAUGAUUUAUUGGUGGCAAAAGCUGCGAUUCCUUGUUUUCCUCCAGAAUAUCAAAUUUAUGAUCGAUAUGUGGCAAUGUAUCAUAAUGCUGUUUGUAAAAGAGUAUGUUUUUUAUCAAAAUACUUAUUUGAAACUGAAAUUAGAUAGAAUACGUUUCAAACAUUUUUAAUUUCUUGAUUUCUUAAGGUAAAAUUAAAUAUCAUCACUUGUCUAGAAAGAAUAUAGAAACAACAAUUUUUGUAAAUUUAGCAUCAUUCCUAUGAUAAACAUUUCAAAAUUUCAGCUCCGCGAAAUCGCUUCAGAAGAUAUGGAAAAAUCGGAAUUGGUUCAACUCAUGUCAUGGAUCAAAUUUUAUGCAAGCGAAGAUAUGUUGGGACAUCCAAGAUUGAAAAUCAAUGCUCCUGCACUUCUACAAGAUUCGCCAGUUUUGACAAGAAGUACAUUGAAUCAAUUAUGUGAUUCAUUUAUUGAAAUGUCGAGAAAAGAUUUGCAAUUAUGGCUCAAAAAUACAGUGUCCCACGAGAAAGAUGUAAGAGUUUUUAAAAACAUUUUUCUAAAAUUUAUUAAAAUUUUUAAUAUAGAUAGUAGACUAGGAAAGUGAGCGGAUUUCUUUAAAAAUUUGAAACUUCAAAAGUUUUUUUUUCAGUCAGUUUUUUUAUUCUAGUUAUUUUUCUUUAUGGUUCCAAAAAUUGCCAAAAAAGUUGAGAAUAUUUUGAAACAGUGAUAUUUUUUUUCAAAAAAUAUUAAUUUAGGUGAAGUUAUUUUUGUUUUGAAAGAAAUUGACUGAAAAGUCAUUAUUUUUCCAGGAUUGGUACAAAAAUGCGAGACCAAGCGAGGACAAUCAUGGAUAUUUUUAUACUGAUCUACCAAAUACGGUAUUUGGAAUGUUGAAAGAUACGGUAAGUAUUAUCUUAUAUUAUUUCAUUGUUUGUUUCCCUUGCUCGUUUUCUCAAGGAUUUUCUUUUUGCAAAGCCAAUUUUGAAAAGACGCCUAGCGAAAAGAAAAAAUGACGUGUUUUCGGAGCUGAAAAUUGGCUGAAUUUGUGUGCUGAAUUUCACGUGGAACUAGUCAUUUUUGCAUGAGGGUCUAAAGGUUAAUUAAAGUUUAUUCAUUUCGCAUCAGAAACUAGUCAUUUUAGUAUUAUUAUUAUUUAUGAAAAGAAGAACAAAAAGUUGGAUGAGUCGACCAAAAAUAGCAAAUAUUCCAGAUAAUUGCCUCAAUUUUUGUUGUAAUAUGA